GAACAUUCUGCAGCUCUCCUCCGCGCCAGCUCCUAUUUAUUCUUGAGGAAGCAAGCUAUCCGGAUAGCCAUCCCCAGUCAAAGCCACAACAUAUUUCAUACAGUGGUGGGGGGGAAAGCGUUUAUGCACCGAUGAGAUUGAAGUGAAACAUUUAUCUGUGCCAAGAUGUCAACACCAAUGAGAUUAAAGUGAAACAUUUAUCUGUGCCAAGAUGUCAAAGAGGCCGUCCUAUGCUCCUCCCCCUCCCCCCGUCCCUACAACACAAAUGCCCAACAAUUCAGGGUUUGUGGGGUACAAUCCCUACAGCCAUCUGGCCUACAACAACUACAGACUGGGAGGGAGCCAAAGCAGCAACAGUCGGGUAACGAAUUCCCCCGGAAUAAAUAUUCCAAAACCACCCAAGCCACCCGAUAAGCCAUUGAUGCCAUACAUGAGAUACAGUCGAAAGGUUUGGGAUCAAGUAAAAGCCUCCAAUCCUGAUCUGAAGCUAUGGGAAAUUGGGAAGAUAAUCGGUGGCAUGUGGAGGGACCUCACUGAUGAGGAGAAACAGGAUUAUUUGAAUGACUACGAAGCAGAGAAGAUCGAAUAUAACGAAAGCAUGAAGGCUUAUCACAACUCGCCAGCAUACCUGGCUUACAUCAAUGCAAAAAGCCGUGCUGAGGCGGCACUGGAAGAAGAGAGCCGCCAGAGGCAGUCCAGACUUGACAAAGGGGAGCCUUACAUGAGUAUUCAGCCAGCUGAGGAUCCAGAUGAUUAUGAUGAUGGAUUUUCAGUAAAGCACUCGGCAGCUGCCCGUUUCCAGCGCAACCACCGUCUGAUAAGUGAGAUUCUCAGUGAGAGUGUAGUCCCUGAUGUGCGGUCUGUUGUUACCACUGCUCGUAUGCAGGUCCUCAAACGCCAGGUUCAGUCUUUGAUGGUUCACCAGAGAAAGUUGGAAGCUGAGUUGCUUCAGAUUGAAGACCGCCACCAGGAUAAGAAAAGAAAAUUCAUUGGAGCCACAGAGUCGUUCACAAAUGAGCUCAAAAGACUUUGCUGUAUGAAAGUGGAAGUGGACAUGGAGAAGAUAUCUGCAGAUAUGUCUGCAGCAGAAGAGGCAGCCCGCAAACGGAUGGCUGAACGAGAGAAAGAUACAGGAGGAGUUAAAGAGGCGCCCAGCUGUGUCUUAACAGAAGAAGAAAAACAUGCCUGUACAACUCAUGGCAAAUCCCAACAGAAUACACUGAGUGAAAGUACUACCAAGGAAGGCGAGGAUACAGAGGCUGCCAUCAAAGAUCCACGAGGGAAGCAGAAGGCCUCAGAGAAACUUGAGGCUCCGCCUGGCAGUGAAGAAGGAGCAUCCGAGGACAAGGAGAGUGUCCUGGAGGGAGCCAUAGAGGAGGGAACCAGUGACAGCAACACAGGCUCUGAGACCACGUCUGCUCAGACAGAAGAUGCUCUGACAAGUGAACCAUCAGAAAAUAGCAGCAGGGCAAGAGCGGCCCAUUAAGUCAGCCGCUGUUUGUUAUAUCAGAACUAAUUCGUCCUUCACCGUCAAUCAUCUCUUUUUGACAGAACAAGCCUGAAGAUGAAAUGGCAUAUACCGUACAUUGAAAUGUUUGACUCUCAUCUCAAAACUGUCUGAUUACAGUGGCACUUGUUUAUUAUCCUAUUACCAAAAAGUGCCCGCUGAAGUCGACCAUGACAUGCAUGAUCAUCCGCUUUUGACGACCGCAUUUGAGACUCAAAGGGAUCAUUUAUACGAUAAAUAGGUCAGUUAGUGUUAGUGUUUUUACAAAAGAUGACUUUUGGUUACGUCAGUGAAAACAAAAACAGUGGGCGAGGCAAUGGAAAAAAAAAAAAAAUCCUUCAGACGCUCUUUCAUCCUCCUUCCUGCAGCCCACAAAAUGCACUAGUUAAAAUUUGCACAAAUGAAGGAAAAACAUUUGAAAAAAUGUUAUAUCACCCGUUGUUAUGGUUCUGGACAAAAACAUGUAGAAGCCAUGGCGGUGGCUAGAUUAUUUUGACAACCGCUUAUGUCGACGUAAACCUUUGCUGUUGCAAUUUAUGCCGGGUGAUGAAUGGAAACAAACGCAGUGUUUUAUGUUACAGUGCUAAUUGUUUUUGCAUGUUGGACAAAACGUUGAAUAAUUUUUCGUGGUUGUCAGGAAGUGCGUGAGAUAUUUUGUUUACUACCAGUAUUCGCAUCAGUGAUUUUCUUUUUGUCUCAGUUUUUAGUAUAAUACUGCUAUUUAUUAUCAAUGUUUUAUUGUUCUUUUGUAUUAGUUAUUGCUGCCCAGCUUAGGUAUUAGAUGUGUCACAUGACCAUUGUUGCUGUACAAAGCUCAACAACAACCAGUGUUGUCAAAUUUUGUUUGCUGUCUAUCAAAUCCAGAGCAGUAUGUGUUGUGUUUAUAUACGAUACAGUGAUUGUGCUGACACUGCAAUGCUGGAAUAAGAAUAUUUGGGAUCACAUACAGCAGCUGGAAGAACAGUCCAGAACAUGAAUAUUC